UCCAAUCUCACCCUCGCUAUUAUAGGAUGCGGAAACAUGGGCUCCGCCAUCCUCAGCGGAAUCCUCGACGCAACAACACCCGCUGAUACUCCUCCCUCCAGCAAGAAAAGUCCGUUCUCCCGCAUAAUCGCAUGCACCAAGUCACAGGGGUCAGCAGAUAAGCUGAAAGCCAAGUACUCUGGGCACCCGUCCACAGUACAGCUUGACUUCUAUGCUAGUGACAACGCGGGCGCGGCGUCGCAGGCUGAUGUCGUUAUGCUCGGCUGCAAGCCUUAUCUUGUUGAUGCGGUGUUGAGCGAGGAAGGGCUUUGUGAUGCACUGGCGGGGAAGUUGAUUGUUAGUGUCAUUGCGGGGAAGACGAUUGAGGUGCUCUCUGCCACAGUUGCGAAGAAUCAGACUCCGUCUGCGCAGUCUAUGUCUACGGCGGUGGUUGCUCGGGCGAUCCCCAAUGUUGCAGCCGCUGUGCGUGAGUCAAUGACGGUCGUCGAGCUUCCUGACUCCGCCUCCAAGGAACAGGUAUCCGUGAUCGAGUGGAUGUUCUCGCAGAUUGGGAUGGUCAAGGUCAUUGGCGGCGAGCUGUUUGAUCUGGGGUCGAUGCUGAUGGCGUCACUGGCUACGGUCUCUGUUGCUGUGGAUGGGAUUCUGGAUGGGUGUGUUGCGGAGGGGAUGCGGCGCGCGGAUGCAUCUGAGAUGACGGCGCAGUGUCUGCUUGGUCUUGCACAGAUGCUGAAGGAUGGACACCACCCAGCCGUGCUGAGGGAGAGUAUCUCGUCGCCCAAGGGGUGUACGAUCCAGGGGCUGCUGGCUGUUGAGAAGGCUGGCGUGCGGAGC